CACAGUUCCAGCGACAGCAAGCGGAGCGGGAGUCGCGGGGCUCAUCGUUUCCCGCACAUCGGAAGCGCGCGAGCGCGACGCACGGCGGUUGGAUAUCAUCUAUCAGCAGCUGCAGGACGCUAUAACCCGCUCAGGUGUUACAAUCUCAAAUCGAUUACCAUAGAAUCUGAGACCUGUCUUGCAUGAUGAGCAUGACAGACUCGCACAGCGUUCCACUUUCUGCAAUACAAAUUUCGCCAGAUUGUAGUGGGGUUUGGGGCUCCGGAACUUGUCAUGCGCAAUCCUAUGAGAGUCGGCUAGAUCAUGCACUCCUGCAUCACAGAUUUCCGUAAUUCUAUUGUAACGUUUGAGAUUGUAACCUUUGAGCGGGUCAUAGACGCGCUCAACAGAUUCGGGACGGAACAGCAGGAAAUUGCGAAGGCAGUCGAAGAGCUGAAAGAAUUACUAGUAUUCUGAGUAAAAACGUCCCCACCCCAGAGUUGUCAUGCAAUUCUGCAUGCCAAAAAAGUUUCUCAUGCGGAGCCCCAUGAGAAGCAUUAAUGAGAAGCAUUACCUAGUCGUGUUUUGGAAUUUGUGAUGCUAGAAUCUUCAGCAUGACGUGCUAGGUUUGUGAUGCUGCUGAAGUAGCGAAACAGGAGCACACUAUGAAGGCAAACUUGUCAUGCGAAACAGCGAAAGCUGGUUGAUUUGUCUAGCAGAUUUCCCAUCUUGAGUCUGGUGUGGGGACGUUUUUUCUCCGGACAACUAGAUAUUGAUAAUUACAACGGGGAUCCACCUCGUGCUCGUCUUGCUGCGUCGUCCUCGGAAGUAGCAGGUGUUACAACUCCAGGAGCAAGUAGCGCAGGUGCAGCUACAAGUGCUUUCGUUGCAGGAGGAGCUGCACCAGCAGCUUCAGGUGCAGCGGGCACUACUAGCAGUACUGGCCGCGGAACAGGAACCAGAGCCUGUCCCAUCAGCGUGGAUCUGGAGACCGGCACGAUUCGGACGAUGAACAAAUCAACUUCCGGCUUUUCCCUGCAC